AUGUCGGAUGGUAGACAGCGACUUUCAGGUGCAGAAUAUAGGAAAAGAAAACGUGAAAAAGAAGCUGUAAUUAAAAAACAGUCUAAUUCUAUCAAAAAAUUUUUAACGGGUUCUUCCUCUUCAUUAAAUAUUUCAAAUGCUGUAGUUGUACAACCUAGUGAAGUUGUUGACUCUUUCUCAGUUAUAGAUGCCACUGUACCUUCUGAAACUACAGUAGCCAAAAGUUCAACAGAAAAUGUUAUCAGUACAGACCCUGCGGAAUGGCCUUUAAUUAUUAAUAACGACUUUAAAACAUUGUUGGUUGAAAAAGGCCCUCCUGCUCCGUUAAAUGCAAAUUUUGUAUUUCCUUCAGAUGAUCAAGGACGAAAAUUCACACAAUUUCAUUACAAACGAAGUAUGAGUAAUGGAGAAAAUGUCACAAGAACAUGGCUUGUAUACUCUAUUUCCAAUGACGUAAUAUUUUGUUUUUGCUGUAAACUAUUUGAUAAUUCAAACUCUAAGUUGGCUUUAGAAGGGUAUAAUGACUGGAGGCAUUGUACACAAAUGUUAAAAGGACAUGAAACAUCAAAAAAUCAUUUGACCGCAUAUAGUACAUGGUUAGAAUUGUCAUUGAGGUUAAAAAAAACAAAAACAAUUGAUGACGUAAACCAACGUAUUUUAGAAUCUGAGUGUAGGCAUUGGAAUGAAGUUUUACAACGUAUCAUGUCGGUAGUACAAUUUCUCGGUCAUCAAAAUUUAGCUUUUCGUGGAUCAUCUGAUCAGUUAUUCAAACAUAAUAAUGGAAAUUUUUUAAAAUUAAUUGAACUUAUGGCUAAGUAUGAUUCUGUGAUGGCUGAACAUGUAAGAAGAAUAAUUAAUAGUAAAAAAAAUAUAAGCCAUUAUUUAGGAAAAGAUAUUCAAAAUGAGAUGAUUAAUUUAUUAGCUCAGUCUAUUAAGUCUCGCAUAGUUACUAUAGUUAGCGAAGCGAAGUAUUAUAGUAUUAUACUAGAUUGUACUCCUGAUAUAAGUCACUCGGAGCUCAUGACUAUUAUUAUUCGUUUUGUGUCAAUUGAAGAUUCAAAAGUUACCAUACGUGAACAUUUUCUUGGUUUUAUUUCAGUUGAAAAUAGUACUGGAGAAAAUCUAUGCGAUGUACUUUUAAAUAUAUUACGUGAGCUGAAUAUACCUUUGAGUAAUAUGCGAGGACAAGGAUAUGACAAUGGAGCCAAUAUGAAAGGUGUGCACUCCGGAGUCCAACGGCACAUUCGAAAUAUUAAUCCACGUGCAUUUUUUGUUCCUUGUAGUGCGCAUUCCUUAAAUCUUGUUGUAAAUGAUGCCGCAAAAUCUUCAAAAGAAGCUGUAGCGUUUUUUGAUAUAAUUCAAAAAGUAUUCAACUUUUUUUCUGCCUCAACUAUUCGUUGGCAAAUUCUUUUAAAACAUGUUAAAGAACUAACACUCAAACCAGGGGGCGGCAUUUUAUUAACUGCACAGGGCGGCAAAAUACUUAGCGCCGACCCUGCAUGCGGUGUUUUCGAUACUGAACUUUUUAUAUUAGAAAUCGAAAAAGAAGAAUGUUUAUGGAAAACUAAUUCUAAAGAAUAUAUUGUUGAUCGCUAUGCUAAGGCCAAGGCCUGGGUAAAUAUAGCUUCAAAAUUAUUUGAUGAAUGGGAAGGGUACAAGGAAGAACAAGAACUAAAAAUCACCUAA